CACCGCCCUGCUUCCACCUUGCGCCCCAUCGCGCCCUCCGUCCCGCCCUCGCGGUCCUGUUCUCUGUUUAGCCUCAUUUCCAUCACAUUGUUUGCUGAUCUUUCUCUUGUGGAUCUUUCCCCGAGUGUUCCCAGAGUUCAAGGCCCUGAGACUUGCCGGGAAGCCUGUUCCAGGCAGCUUCACUUCGGGGUGGUUGUGCAGGGGCCAGGCUGCUGUGCUGGGGGUCAGCAUCUGGGCCUUUUCUCGGGGCUGCCCAGCCUCUCCGGGGAGUGGUCCUCUCAUCUCCGACGCUGGGGUUUGCGUCCUGGCCGCCAGUGCUGCAGGCCGGCUGGGGAGGGGUGGGGCUGCCCUGGCUCGGGGCAUAGACUGCUUCACCGGAGACCCAGCCUCGUCCUCUGCAGGGCUGAGGCGGCGAGGGGGCUGGCGUCUGAUGCUCGGGGCAAGCAGGGGGGUCCAGGCGUGGGCUUCCUUGGAGAGCCGGUGCCUCUGCUCCCUGCCCCUCCCUGGGUUCUGGGGUGCAGACCAGCUGCCUGCAGCACCUGGGGCUCCGCUCCCUCACUUUGCGCAUCCCUCACCACUGGCCCUUCUGUUCCUCCACCUCUAACGCUUCGUGGACAUCUCUCUGCCGCUGUCUCCUCUCGUCUUUGUGUGAUUACGCUGUCUUUACUCCUUCCAGUGGCUCUGAGAAAGCACAGUGCCUGUGCCACCCGCCCCGUGUGGCUGUGUGGCCGGCAUGGACAGGCCCUCUCUCCGCCGACCCGUCUGUGGCCGUUCCCCCAUCACAGGCGUGUCCGAUGUCGGGGGUCGCGGUGGUUUUCACCGCUCACACCUCAGGUUCUGCUCAGUGGAACAGCCCUGCUGGAGCUGUCCUGGGUCCCAAGAAGGGCCCACAGCUGGGUGCAGUGGCUGUGGACGGGGCCCCACAGGGACGCUGGGACGACACCAAGAGCAGCAAGGGAGCCGUGGGCAACUGUGUGACCACCAUGGUGCAUAACCACUAUCCCCCCUCGGAGAAGGCGCCGCCGCCCCCCAAGAGCUCCAACCACAUGGCUCCCUCCCUCAACAAUAUCGUCAAGGCCACCACGGGCGAGGGCGAGAGCUGCAGCUUCGGGAAGGCGCAGAAGAACGUGGCCCGCAGCAACCACGCGGUCCAGAGCAACUCGGGAGGUGCCGCGGGCCAGCUCAGACGGAAGGAGGUGACUGAGGAGGAGGCCGAGAGGUUUAUCCACCAGGUGAACCAGGCCGCCGCCACCAUCCAGCGCUGGUACCGGCACCAAGUGCAGCGGCGCCGAGCAGGGGCGGCCAGCGUGCAGUGCCUGCUGGAGUCAAAGCAAGCGCAGCAGCGGCAGCGGCUGGGAGAGGGGACCCUCCUGGAGCAGCAUCAGCAGAAGGAGGCAGCCAGGAGAAGGGCCCGGGAGGAGAAGGCACGCCAGGCCCGGAGGGCGGCCAUUCAGGAGCUGCAGCAGAAGCGAGCGCAGAAGUCAGGCAACACUGACCUCGGGCUGCUGAAGGGAACCAGGGAGACAGGGAAGCCCCAGCCCACCCAGGAGCUGCCCCUGAGCCCGGGGAGCGCUGCCCAGGAGACCCGCAAGGCCAGUAAUGCUGGGGCUGGCUUGCGCGCUGCAGGCCCGGAGGACCCCCGCCAGCCUGCCCCCGACACGGCCCUGGAGCCCCAGCAGUUUCCAGAGGACAAGCCUCAGGACGCCAGCUCCCAGGACACGGCAGCUGGUGAGAUCCUGGAGGUGGUGGCCCCCACUGAGGGCAGGGCCAAGUCCAGGGCAACUCUGGACGAUCUGCUGGACACGCUGAAGUUGCUGGAGCAGGAGCCAGAGCCGCUGCCCCGCCCUAGGGCCUAUCUCAAGGACAAAUACGCCUGGACCGACGAGGAGGACUAUGCCAGCUCCCUGACGGCCCACAACCUGGAGAGGUUUGGGAGGCUCAGCGUGGCCGCCAGCCCCCCCGAGGAUGGGGCCCUGCUCUCGGAGGCCAAGCUGCGCAGCAUCCUGCGCUUCCUGGAUGAGACGGAGGAAUCUGGGCAGCGCCAGGCAGCCCCAGCCCCCCAGGUGUGGAGAGGCCUCAGGGAGGGAGGCCGGCCACCACUGGGCGAUGAGGGCCUGCCUGACGCAGCCGCGUCCCAGGGCCACGUGCCGGAGGAGGGGCUGGGGUGCUCGGGGCCGGCGUCUGAGGCCAGCACGUCGGCGAUGCGGCUGCAGCUGGAGGUGGAGGAGAAGAAGCAGGCGAUGGUGCUGUUGCAGCGGGCGCUGGCACAGCAGCGGGACCUGACCGUGCGGCGGGUCAAGGAGACGGAGAAGGAGCUGGGCCGGCAGCUGCGGCAGCAGAGGGAGCAUUACGAGGCCACCAUACAGCGGCACCUGUCUUUCAUUGACCAGCUGAUCGAGGACAAGAAGGCCUUGGGUGAGAAGUGCGAGGCCCUGGUGGCCGAGCUGAAGCAGGGGGACCAGAGGCGCAAGGACAGAGAGGCCCAGAUGCAGGAGCAGCACGAGCUGGAGAUCAAGAAGCUCAAAGAACUGAUGAGCGCCACCGAGAAGGUCCGCAGGGAGAAGUGGAUCAGCGAGAAGACCCGGAAGAUCAAAGAGAUCACCGUCAAAGGCCUGGAGCCCGAGAUCCAGAAGCUGAUCGCCAGGCACAAGCAGGAGGUGAAGAAGCUCAAGAGCCAGCACGCAGCCGAGUUGCUGCAGGCGGAUGAGCGUGCGGCCCAGCGCUACGGGCGCCAGGCCGAGGAGCUCCGCCAGCACCUGGAGCGGGAGAAGGAGGCGCUGGGCCGGCAGGAGUGGGAGCGCGCCCAGCAGCGCUUCGAGCAGCACCUGGAGCAGGAGCAGCGGGCCCUGGAGCAGCAGCGGCGGCGGCUCCACAGCGAGGUGGCCGAGGAGAAGGAGCGGCUGGGCCAGCAGGCCGCCAGGCAGCGGGCGGAGCUGGAGGAGCUGAGGCAGCAGCUGGAGGAGAGCAGCUCGGCCGGGGGCCGGGCCCUGCGGGCGGAGUUUGAGAAGCGGAGAGAGGAGCAGGAGCGCAGGCACCUGAUGGAGCUGAAGGCCCUGAAGGACCAGCUGGAGGUGGAGAAACAGAUGUGGGAGGCCAACUCCGCCAAGAAGGAGGAAGCGUGGCUGCUGAGCCGGGAGCGGGAGCUGAAGGAGGAGGUCCGGAGAGGCCGGGACGAGGAGAUCGAGCGGGUCGUCCGCCGGCUGGAGGCCGACAUGACGCUGGCCAGGGAGGAGAGCGAGCGGGCGGCCGAGAGCCGCAUCAAGCGCGUCAGGGACAAGUACGAGGCGGAGCUCUCGGAGCUGGAAAGGUCGGAGCGGAAGCUCCAGGAACGGUGUGCGGAGCUGAAGGGACGCCUCGGGGAGGCCGAGGGGGAGAGCGUGCGUCUGCAGGGCCUGGUGCGGCAGAAGGAGAAGGAGCUGGCAGACGUGAGGGCGGUGAGCGAGCAGCUGGCCGGCGAGCGCAGCGGCCUGGCCCAGGUCCUUCGCCAGGAGUUCGCUGACCGGCUGGCAGCCUCCGAGGAGGAGAACCGGCAGGUCAGGGCUGAGCUGGCUGAGCUGCGGGCCCGCCAGCGGCUGGAGCUGGAGCAGCUGACGCGGGAGAAGCAGGCGGAGCUGGAGGAGGUGCACGGGAGGGUGAAGGUGGCCCUGGCAAAGAAGGAGGAGGCCGUGAACAGCCUCCGGAAGCAGCACGAGGCCGCGAUGAAGCGGGCCGACCACCUGGAGGAGCUGCUGGAGCAGCACGGGCGGCCGUUUCCGAGCGCCAAGUGACUGCCAGCAUGUGGACAGUGGACAUUCUGACAGCAGCAGGCUGAGGGCGCCCCAUGGGGAGAGCGUCAUAACAUAAAGAGGUGUUUUUUUGUA